AUGGCAUUGUUCUCAAAGCCACUUACAAAAAGUGACGUAGAGAAGAGCUUGCUGAUCCCUACUCAUUCUUUCGACACCCUCCCUCUCGAAGAAGGGCAAUUUUUUAAUAUGAAUGUAGUUGAUUCUGCUGGCAAUGCUUGGACUUUUCCAUGCUUCAUUCAGCAGAAUGAUGAGAUCAAAGGGCCAUCUGUUAUUUCCGUAGGAUGGCUUAAAUUUCUUCGCAAUAAAGAUGUUAGAGUUGGUGACACGGUUUUUUUUUAUCAGAUAUCCUGGGAUGACAAUUGCACAGGGACGCAGUUCAGAAUUGAAGUGAAGAGAAAAAUCAGAUUGCUUGGUCAGGAUAUCUGGGCUGCUGUGGAUCAGUAA